UAAACAGAGUCGUUCAUAGUUCCUGGUUCUACAUUGACGACGACUUCGAGACAGAACAGCGUAACUUAGAGUGACAGUUCACAGCAGGGGUGCAAAACCAGUCAAAUCACGGGCCUUAUCGGAAGGAGUAUAAUAUUUCAAGGGGUCAUAGGCACGGGUCACCAAGCCGGGGUCACGAGAAGCAUGUGACGAGAGACUUCAGCGCGACAACAUGGGGUGUUUGUGCUCUUGUUUACAUCCAGAAUUAAAGUCUGAAGCAUCAGCAAAGACGCCAUUGCUGUCGGGUACAACUUCGCCACCCAACAACAGCAACAACAACGGCCAGUCAGCCAGACAGAACCGACCUCCGAGGAAAGAGUUUUUGACAUCCGUUGAAGAAUUAGCAAUCGUUCAAUGUGCCAAGCUGCCUUUACCUGCUUUAGACAAGACGUUUCAGGACCACAGCAAGUUGUACAACGACCUGCUUGAGAGCUUCAACACACUGAAGGACACCAUCCACGACUUCAAAGCAGUGUUUGAGUAUGAGACGAGAGGCAUCCCGGUAUUGGCGGAAUGCCUGAAGCUGUUACGCAAACGCUGUGGUGCCGCUACCCUGACCGCGUCUCGGACCCGGUUCAGCAUCACUGUUGAGUAUGACCGACUGGAGGUGUCAAGACUGUGUAAAGGACCGGCUGAGGACACUCUGGAAGCUCUAGAACUUUUCAACAAAGCAAACAAACUCACCAGAAGUAUUCUAGAGAAGGCUCCGAAGGUGAAGAACACAAUCCAAGUGGUGCUUGACGAUGAACAGAGCUUGAGGAGGGAUAUCUCCAAGUCCAACAUCAGCACCACUGAUGAACCGGAAGUGAUGAAGCUGUGCGUUGCCAACAUCAACAAGCUCCGGAAGUUGCCCGGUUCUGUCGAGACAAUCCAAAAACACACACAGAGACAAUUCAAUGAACUUAAGGAAUCAUCGAAAGUUCUUUUGGGGAAUCGUAACUGUGGAAGGAUAAGGUUGGUUGUUGUCCGUGCACUCAAACCUCAUUACUAUCGGAGCCCAUUCUUGAUGUUCUCAAUGUGGAACAAAAUGAAAACUGGUUUCUUGAAAGAAUGUUAUUAAUAUCUUUAGUUGAAUAUCGUAUUGUUAAUGUUUGACCGUGCACAUAUACCUCAUUACCCACGGAAACAAUUCUUGAUGUUCUCAAUUUGGAACAAACUCAGAAUUCAUAUCUUGGUUGAAGUUAAUGAAUAUCUUUAGUUGAAAAUCCUAUUGAUUAUGUUGUGAAGCUCAUUACUAUCUUGAUGUUCCCAGAAUGAAACAAACUGAGAACUGGUUUCUUGAUAGAAUUUGAGCAGUUCUACAAACAGAAAUACAGUUAUAACUACCUGAAUAAUAGCGACUUGGGGAAGUUGGUCGAUCUGAGGUACGCUGUACGUAUCUCUGCGCCAUCUUGUGGGACACUAUGUUUCGUGGUUACGUGCAUAUUUGAUUGCGUAUUGGUUUCUACAGUUAACAUGGCGGUGUUAAAGCCCACUCCAGCAUCGUUCGUCGGGAUGAAUGCCUAGGUUCUAUUUCCAACAAGGAAACAAUGCUGUAACACCCAACCCUAUACCCCAUCCCUAUACCCUACCCUGUGACCCCGUGAUAUUACUGGAUAUCAGUAGGGCCAGGAUCGCAAUUCACUCGCUUCUAUAUUUAAUACAGCCAAAUUUAUCCAUACUAUGGCCUUGUAAUGGAUGAUAUGAUACAUAUCGUAUUUGUAUAAAAUACAUUUUGUACCCAAUGAGGGAUACAAGAUGUAUGCAAGAUAUGUGAACACAUGUGUAUUGUAUAUAACCUUCCUCUGCGUUGGAAUUAAUGUGUUUGCUCGUCAGACCAAAGGACAGGGUUCGAUUCCCCUCUUGUGUGAAGCGCAAUUCAGGUGCGCCCCGUUGUGAUGUUCCUUCUACUGUGUUGCGGAUACAGAUAUGGGAACUUGAUACACCCGCCCAACUCCUCACACCGUGUUUCAAAAACUGAUAAUAAUGUUAUGAUGCUAUAAUCGUUUUUUUGCAUAUCCUCAAAGAAUAGAAAUGGCACAAACACAUUCAAAAUCGGUCCCCUCGAUAAUGAAUUUGUUUUAAUGAAGUAGACGAGAUGUACUGUUAGUAUUUUGCUGAGCUAAAGUUGAGCUUUGUUGUAUUCAAAGUUAAUUAAACGCAUUGUUGACAUUGAUUUGUUUUAUAUAAAGUUAUGUGAUAUUUAUUUUCAAAUAACCAGAGGCGUGAAGAAUUCUUUAAACACUGCAAAAUAUAAACUUGCUUUGUACCUUCACCUCAGGGCAAUCCUUUGACCUCAAGUAUGUCGACAUACUGGACACCAGUCCCCUGGUCAGUCACUAUAUAAAUCAUUAAUAUAAGGCCUGGAUUCGCUACUUCCGGCACUAAGCUGGUUCUCGCCUCCCUUUGCGUGCGCCAGUUUGCGAUAUGAGAGACGGGGCCCAGCUUACUUCCGGUACCACAUUUCCGGUGACAAGCCUAUAUUCAAGUUCUGGUUGCCAAAUGCGCGACCGCCAAAUGUGACUUUACUAGGCCGAACCAAGUGUACAACCAGCUUGGCAGUCACAGCUGUCGGCAGUCGUAAUAGCUGACUAAUUUGUAGAUGGUUAGAUCUGAAAUUUGUUAUUCCUGCAAGGAUUGUGUUUAUCGUAAUAUAUGCUUCUUCAAAGCAUGUUUGACACUUUUAACAGAAAUUAAAUAAGAAAUGGCAUGCUGCUUGAUAUGGGUAGUUUAAGAACGUUCACUGUGCGAAUCAACGUAGUGUAGGCGACGAGAAGUAGCGGUUUCUCAGUUUGUGGUGUCGAACAGAAACUGGUUGUAUGCUAUCGAAAUAUAUAUAAACUAUAUUUAUACAAGAGCAGUCGCUUUUAUAGUACAUUUAUGCAAUGAAAUAAAAGUAUGCUCACGCC